GCCAUACUGUGAUGUCACUGCGGGAAUCCACGCCGAUGGUGGAGCGGGCAGGGAGGGUGGUAUUGAUAGUCGUUUACGAGGAGGCUAGGUGUAGGGAUUAUAGAAAUGAUUUUCAACAUCAGAGUUCGAGUUUGUUCAAAAUCUCUAGCACUCGUCCUGAGAGCGCAUUUAUUACUGGAAAUUGUUGUAUCCAUUCAAUCAUUGUCUAUCAUACAUCGCCGUCUACAUGUAAACCUCCAUUUUUAUCGAAGCAAAGAAUACAAUUGUCACGAUGCGUGGUGCUACGUGUCGAAUACUGACUGCGCCAAUGCAGAAUUUUUUCCGUCAGAGUACUUUCAGGGACGCUACUACUCGUAUCAUACCUGCUUGGAAACGAGGCGCGACGUGGCUAGGAGCAAUUCCUUAGAAGUCGUAGAAAGCGCUUUUUGGCGUGCUGUGACAGUGGAUGUUUUGCGCGGCCGAACAUUGCGCUUCACCUACCCAAAGGAGAGCAAACCCUGGCACUACCGACAUCCGAGUACGGGCCAAUGGACUGGUCUGAUGCAUCGUUUCUUUGAGGAGUUGGCACAAAGGGGAGGCUUUCUGUUGCAGUACGUGCCAAGGAACGACUAUUCCUUAUCGCUAAUGGACAUCGACAAGGUGAACACAAACACAAAUGGUAUGAUGGGAAUUACGUGGUCAUCCUCUGCGACCUUGGCGACGAGUGGCACGAGGACUGGCAUGCAGAGUUCUGCGAACGAGAAUUAUACUGGUACACACUCACACGAUCAUGAACACGAUUCCUCGUCUGCAAUCUAUACCUCAGCUGCUGGCCUCGUUGACAAUGCGUGGGACGCGUGCACCCAUAGCGUGAUGAUGAACUAUUAAGGGUAGGGUAAAGGUGCUUUUGUUCCCCUUCCCGCUUUUUAUGGAUGCCUUUCCUAAGGGAGAACAAAGGCUGCAGAAAAAGCGGGGUCCACGACGAGCACCAAGAGGCUACCUCGUCUAAAACUACGUGGAUGUUUGUCCUACAGCAGCGUGGGAAACACCCAAUAGACGGCAAAUGAGUCUCUUUAGUGCUGCUGUAUUGACGUCCAAUUUUCGUUUGCUGGUGAGGCAAAACGUCGAUGACGGCUUGAGCUUGGAUCCGCGGC